GUGAUUUCUGAUCCAGAGAGUAAACAUUAAUUUUCUUCAACCAAGGCCAAAUUCACCAUCGGAAAAAACUGAAUUUAAUUCAGCUGGAUACGUUAACACAACAUUUAAUAGGUAUUUAAUAAUUCAGAGGCAGUACGAAGUUCACCGGGUCAGCUAGUAAUUAUAUAAAAGAAAUGGCAAUCAAGCGGGAGCGUUCUAUUAUUUUCAGACAUUGUCCGAGUAAUAAAUAAGAUAUUUUUCAAUCUACUCAAUGAAAUGGAGGUAAAUAAAUUACCAGUUACAGUCAUAAACGCAGACAAUACAACAAAUACGCAUUCGUUUAUCUACAAUGGAAAAAGUACAGGAAUAUUACGAUUUUAUUGUGCCUGUGGUUCUUGAAGCUGGGAAAAUUUUCAAAGAUGUCCAAGAAAUUGAGGCAGAAAGUAAAGGCGAAGGGAAAUGGGACAUAGUCACAAUUUAUGAUAGGAAAAUUGAGGACAUUUUGGUAAAUCAAAUCAAAAACAAAUAUCCUGAUCAUAAACAUAUUGCGGAAGAAGAAGUAUCGAAAACAAAAAACAAAAAACUAGAACUGACCAACAGCCCCACAUGGAUUAUCGAUCCCAUAGAUGCCACUGCGAAUUUUGUCAGAAGAAUUCCCAUGAUAUGUAUUUCAAUUGGUUUUACUAUCAACAAGGAACAAGUUUUGGGAAUUGUUUAUAAUCCUUAUAUGGAUGAAUUAUUUACAGCAAUUAAAGGAAAAGGGGCGUUUUUGAAUGGUCAAAGAAUUCACACCACCAAUUGUACAGAAAUUCAAAAGUCUUUAAUGGAGUAUCCAAUCGGUGUAGCGGCUAAGAAGUCACUUUACAAUUUGUACAUGUAUCGUUUCAAGCAUCUAAUGAAAAAUGUUGCUGGAAUCCGUGCUUUUGGGGGUGCUGUUCUAGGACAGUGUUAUGUGGCGUGUGGAAAAAUUGACGCUUAUCAAUGCGAUGGACUGUAUCCGUGGGAUGCAGCUGCUGGCACUCUUAUUGUGAAAGAAGCUGGAGGGUAUGUUGCAGAUUCUUCAGGGAAAGAAUUUGAUCUAAUGAAUCCAAAUUUCAUAGUAACAGCGACUAAAGAAUUAUGCGAUCAGUAUUUGGAAGUUGAGAAAAAAGCCGAUGAAGAGCGAACUGAACGCGUAAUAUAGGAUUGUCAAUAAUACAUGUCUUAUAAUAAUUAUGAACUCAUUAUACGGAGUUGUUCAAAAAUACUACAUAAGUACUAAUAUUUGUUGUGUUUUUUUUUUGCCAUCUAGAACCU